GGGCCCAGGCGUCCGGCUUCCUGCGGGCGGGGCCGCGGAGCGAGCGGAGGCGGCAGGUCCCAGAGGCGUCACCCGCCGCGGCGCCAUGUGGGACCCCAGCUCCGGACAGCCAGCCCCCCCCAACCCCGCAUACCCCCCCCACCUCGUGCCCCCCCCCAACCCCGCCUUUCCCCCCCACCCCGUGCCGCCCCCCAACCCCCUCUUCCCCCCCCACCCUGCGCCCCCCCCGAACCCCCUCUACCCCCCGCCACCCCCCUACUCCCACCCCGGGGUGCCCCCGGCGCCCAUGGGGGUCCCCGUGCCGCCCCCCGGCCCCCCCGGCCUCCCCCCGUACCCGCCGGGGCCCCCGGGGUGCCCCCCGCUGCUGCCCCCCCACCCCGGCCUGCCCCCCCCCGGGCUGGACGCCAAGGCGGCGAGGAAGAUGAGGAAGCGGCUGAAGAAGGCGCAGAAGAAGCACAAGGCCAGGAAGCGCUCUUCGUCCUCCUCGUCGUCCUCCUCCUCCUCCUCCAGCGACUCCGACUGAUGCCACCGCUGCUGCCGAGUGUUGGCGUCCGGCUGUGUCCGCCUGUGUCCGCCUGAGCCCCCCCAUGUACCUGUGACCACCCGUGUCCGCCUGUGACCUCCUGAGCCCACCCGUGUCUGCCUGUGUCCGCCUGUGACCACCUGUGACCACCCGUGCACCCAUGACCACCGGUGUCCACCUGUGUCCACCCGUGACCACCUGUGUCUACCGGUGUCCACCUGGGACCACCCGUCCACCCAUGACCACCGGUGUCCACCCAUGACCUCCUGUGACCACCCGUGUCCGCCUGUGACCACCCGGGACCACCCGUGCACCCAUGACCACUGGUAUCCACCUGUGACCACCAGUGUCCACCCGUGACCACCUGGGACCACCAGUGACCACCCCUGUCCACCCGGGACCACCUGUGUACCAUGACCGCCGAGCACCCAGGACCACCCGUGUCCAGCCGUGACCACCCGUGUCCUCGUGACCACCAGCCACCCAUGACCACCGGCCACCCGUGACCGGCUGUGACCACCCGGGGACCCGUGACGUGUCCAGCCGUGACCACCCGUGAUCUCCGGGCACCCCUGUGUGCCCGGCCGUGCCCGUAGUGUCCCCGUGGCCAUGGUGGCCCCCCGUGUCCCUUCACCCCAUGGGCACAGGGUGUGGGGGGGUCCCAGAUGCGGGUGUGGGUGCCACGGGGUGCAAUGGGUGCUGGAUGUGUUGGGGGGUGUUGUGGGUGCUGGGGGAGGUUCUGGGUGUCAGUGGGUGCUACAGGGUAGCAUGGGGGGCUGUGGGGUGCAGUGGGUGCCAUGGGGUGCCAUGGGGUGCUGGGGGGGGUGCAGUGGGUGCCAUGGGGUGCUAUGGGGUGCCGUGGGUGCCAUGGGGCGCGAUGGGUGCCAUGGGGUGCCGUGGGUGCCAUGGGGUGCUAUGGGGUGCAGUAGAUGCUGUGGGAUGCCAGGGUGUGCAGUGGGUGCCGGGGGGGUGUUGCAGCACGCUAUGGGGUGUAAUGGGUGCUAUGGGGUGCAGUGGGUGCUGGGGGGGUGUGUCAUAGCAUGCUAUGGGGUGCAAAGGGUGCCAUGGGGCACCAUGGUGUGCUAUGGGGUGCAAUGGGUGCUAUGGGGCGCAGUGGGUGCCGGGGGUGCUGUGGGGUGCCGCGGCGUAUCACGGGGUGCAGUGGGUGCUAUGGGGCGCAGUGGGUGCUAUGGGGUGCUGUGGGGUGCCACGAUGUAUCAUGGGGUGCAGUGGGUGCUAUGGGGCGCAGUGGGUGCUAUGGGGUGCAGCGGGCGUGCUGGGCGCCGGGGGGGGGUCACGAUUUGUCACGGGGGCCCCGGGGUGUCACGGGGGCCGGGGCCGCCCCCCGCCGCCCCCCAAUAAAGCUCUCGUCCCGCC